AUGGCCAUUUCGCGGCCAUUGCAAGGUUUAAGUCUUAUGGCAUGUGUCGAUCCACGCACUCAUUCCACGUGGUACCAUGGAUUCGCCAUGUUUCAAAACGAAGGACCCAGGGACUCGGAGGAGGAGGGCGAUUUCAUCGCUCCGGAUGACACAGGUGGCCUGAUUCCAGAGUUCCUGGAAUCAGCCUCCGUUGCACGAGAAGCUGAGUCGGGAGAAGGUGCAGUCGAAGCAGACGGAGAGCCGGAAGAGCUCCAUGCUGAUGCUUCUCUCGUGCAAGCAAGCUCGCAGCCCGCAGUCUUGAACACCAAUGCCGAUUUUCUUGGCAGUGACAGCGAGUUGUGGGACCACUCCAGUGCAGGGACAAGCAGCAGCGGCAGCAGUGAGUCCGAGGAUGUGGACUCUCUGCCAGAGGCAGUGGAUCGCAACAAGAGGCAGGCGUUGAAAGUGCGCGGUGCCGGCACUGAGUUGGCCGAGCAGAGCAGGCUGGAAGGAGGUUACUUGCUCCCAGCAGCAGAGGAACGUGAAGAACCCGACAACAAGGAAGAGACCGAAACGAAGGAGGCAACAAACGACAUCGACGAUUUGUCGGCAGAGCAUCGAGCGGCCAGUCUGCGACGGCGUGAUGGCUUCGACAUGACAGCUGUGCUCUCGAAGAAGAGGCUGCAGCAAGAAGAAUGCGCCCAAGUCUCUCGAGACCAGCUGAAGAAAGACCCC